AUGGCUCUGAUCGGCAUUGGUUUCACAAAAUGCAAGGAAGGCGGGAUCACCCAGUGCAGUAAACUACUUCUGGAUCUUUUUGUGAAGUUGGUCAAUGGUGAAGGAAAAGUGGACGUUCUUUCAAAAGUUUUACCUGGAUUGGUUAAGCUGUUCCAAGAUGAAAAUAUGUUUGAAUCUAAACUACUGGACGUUCUAUGGAUUCUUGACUCGGCCGUUGUAGAUGUGAAUUCGGAGGCCGUGCGCGAUCGCUACUUUCGUUUACUGCACGUGUGCAAGGCACAUGUUAAUCCAGCACUGUUGAUGGAAAGACUUUCCGAGGAUACUCUGGAAAAUAUGUCCCUAAUCCAAUCGAAGCAACAAUUUCAAACGCGUUAUGUGCGGACCAAAACGCGUCUAUUUUUUAAACAACAGAAGUUUAAUUUGUUGCGUGAGGAAAACGAGGGUUACGCCAAAUUGAUUACGGAGUUAUCCCAAACAAGGGGUCCAAUGGACGCGGUCAUGACUCAGGUCAGGUCUUUAAUUGGCUACUUCGAUCUGGAUCCCAAUCGAGUGCUUGAUUUAAUCCUGGAUGUUGGUGAAUUCCGCGAAAAUAUGAGCGAGCAGCUCGUAAAGUUGAUCCGUUUCUACAAUCCCGACAAGCUGGAUUUGACCCACAUCCUUGGUCACAAAUUUCAUUUUACACAGGAUCCUGGAUCUACAACUCCUCCGUCAUUGUACAGGAUUGCUGCUAUUUUAUUGGCCAACGGUUUAAUCAAUUUGGACAUUUUAUAUGGUCAUAUAGUGUUUUUUAAGAAGAAGAAGAAGAAGAAGAAGAAGAAGAAACAUCACAUCGUUUGA